AUGAUACCUAGAGGCUUCUGCGGUCUGACAAGUAUGAGGAGACUACAUGGCUUUCGAGCCCACAUGGACGGUGAUUGGUGCAGUUUAGACGAGUUGGGUCCUCUUUCCCAACUCAAACUUCUUAAAGUAAUUCAAUUGGAGAGUGUAUCUUCUGCUUCGUUUGCUGCUAAAGCUAGGCUUGGUGAAAAAAUACAUCUCAUCGACCUAUUCUUGCACUGCACCAGCAAGUUGGGAGAUUAUUGGUUUGGUAAAGAGUAUGAAGGCAUCUCUCAAGCAGAGCAGCAACGAAUUGCGGAGGUAUUUGAUGAGCUCUGCCCUCCUCCUAGUGUAGAAAAUCUUCAUAUCGAAGGGUAUUUUGGCCAUCAACUCCCGAGCUGGAUGAUAUCGACAUUGACAGUGCCCCUCCACAAUCUGAAGACACUAUAUUUUUCUGACCUGGCGUGUUGCACCCAACUUCCCAAUGGGUUGUGUCAGCUCCCCUAUCUGCAUUUGCUUCAGGUCUGCAAUGCUCCAUGCAUCAGGCGUGUUGAGACUGGAUUCUUGCAGGCAGCGACAACACCAUUUCCAAGGUUAAACAAUUUGUCCUUAAUUGGAUUGGUGGAAUGGGAGGAGUGGGAGUGGGAGGAGCAAGUGGAAGCUAUGCCACAUUUGGACGAGCUCUUUCUCUAUAAUUGCAGACUGAGGCGUGUUCCUCUUGGGCUUGCCUCCAAUGCAAGGGCUCUGAAGAAAUUAAUCAUACAAGAUAUCCAACACCUGAGCUAUCUUGAGAACUUUCCUCUUAUUGUUUAUCUUACAUUGCUUGGAAGCCCCGACUUGGAGAGGAUCACCAAUUUCCCAAAUCUGCAGAAGCUUACCAUCACCGAUUGCCCAAAGUUGAAUGUGCUGGAGAGUGUCCCUGCGCUCAAUAUGUUGGUCCUUGAAGAUUACACCAUGGAAGAACUCCCAGAAUACAUGCGAGAUAUAAAGCCAAGACAUUUUCAGUUAUUCUGCAGGUUAUGGCUGCUCUGUUCAGUAGCCACAGGCCAAUCUAGUAUCGAGUGGGACAAAUUCAGCCAUGUGGAGCAUGUCAAGGCAUAUGCGUAUGAUGAUAUGAACAAAAGGAUGUGGUAUGUGAUGUACACAAGAAGUGAUAACUUCGAGAUUGAUUCGAAUAUUAGCCGCUCUUCCAUAUUUAAAGAGAAACUUUAUCUUCUUCUAUGGUAG